GUCAAAAAAUUCAACACACCAGCAGUGUGAGGAGACCUGAAAGUGGCACAUGGCAGAAGUGUGUGGCGAUGGAGACAGCAGCAAUGGGAGGCCGUACAGGGACCCAUGAGAGACUCUGGACCUGGCAGCAGCAUGAGGAGGCGGUAUAUAGGGGCCCAUGGCAGAUUAGGGGCCUGGCAGCAGCUAUGGGAGGCCCGUAAUCUGCCAGCACCCUAUGUCAAAAAAUUCACACACAGCAGUGUGUGAGGAGACCUGAAAGUGGCACAUGGCAGAGUGUGGCGAUGGAGACAGCAGCAAUGGGAGGCCGUACAGGGACCCAUGAGAGACUCUGGACCUGGCAGCAGCAUGA